AUGGACAGUGUGAUAUCGGUGUUUCAUAGUGACCCGACAAAAUUGAGGCUUCACACAACAAGAUCAUGGGAUUUUAUCAACUUACUUGAAGGAAUUGGGAAUUCAAGCUCUUCAAAUGCAGAAGAAUUAUUGCGUAAAGCAAAUUAUGGGAAGGAUAUCGUUGUCGGGGUCUUAGACACCGGUAAUCUCAACAGAAAGAUAAUCGGAGCUCACUACUACUUGAAGGGUUACGAGGCCUAUUUUGGUCGCCUCAACACAAGUUUGGAUUUCCGAUCACCAAGGGACAAACGUAGUCAUGGAACUCACACAUCAUCGACCAUUGGAGGCCGAAGAGUUAGUAAUGUUUAUGCACUAGGAGGAUUUGCUAGUGGAACCGCCACUGGGGGCGCUCCACUCGUGCGCCUGGCCAUGUACAAAGUAUGUUGGCCAGUUCCGGGUUACAGCCUAGCAGAAGGCAACGCAUGUCUCAAUGAUGACAUUCUUGCUGCCUUUGAUGAUGCCAUCAAGGAUGGUGUUCGAGUAAUCAGUGUUUCAAUGGGUUCAUGA